UUGUAACAUUUAUUGUAACAUCAGAAGGCUGAGGAUCAUGAGAGAAUCUUCACAAAUGCGGAGGAGGGAUGGAGAUUGUUCUGUUUAGUCUCAGAGUACAGAGCCAGAAAUAAGGAACGGAAAGCACAAAGAGGUCACUAAAGCCUUGAUGUCAGGAAAAACUUCCUGCCGCUUACAGUGCUCCACAAUGGGCUGCUUCCAGGAAUGGUGGGGUCCCCGUCCUUGGAGGUCUUGGAGCAGAGGCUGGGCGAUGAUGAUUUGGCAGGUCCCCAGGAGCCUGUGGGCCAUUGAACCCCGUGCCAUGAUUACAUCUCUGAAGACCUGGAAUCCGGGAACCGCUCCCUCUGCCAGGGCCCCGUGGAAAGGAAGCUGUGCCCAGGACAGUGGGGAUCCUGUGAUGGCCAGCCCCGCCUCCCCGUGCUCCCGCCCUUUCCCACACGCCAGCCAGGGGAGGUGGAGAACUGGGCUCAGUAAAGAUACCCUUGGUGGCAGUGAAGAGGAUUCAGGCCAGACCUCUACCCGACCAACUCCGGCUCAGCGCCGAGCCCUCAGCGUGGACUGGUCCGGUCCUGGGAGCCCUCGGAGACUCUACCUGACUGUCCAGGCACUGCAGGACAAGGUGUGUGCAUGCAAGAGUCAGGAGAAGAAGGAGGAGAAGCAGCAGAAGAGGCCGGCCCUGGCCCCCAAGCGGGCCCGAGACUUGGCCCAGGCAAAGGAAGCCCACACCAUGAAUGUUGAGAAACCAGGUGGGAGGCUCUUUGGCAGCGGGAAGUGCUCAGGCCUACCUGGGGCCCACCAGUUACCCAUGAUCCAGAAGAUGGUGGAGUCCAUGUCCCAGCUCCAGGAAGAGAAGGGCCGACUGCAGGAGCAGUUAAUGGCGUUGCAGAAAAAGCUGACCCUUCGGGAGAAUGACCAGCAAGCUGUGUCCACUCAGCUGCAAGCUCAGGUGGAAAAUCUGAAGGAGAAACUCAUUGGCCAGGUCCAGGAAGUGAAUAGACUCCGUUCAGAGCUGGGAGGCACAGACUUGGAGAAACACCGGGAUCUCCUGAUGGUGGAGAAUGAGCGCCUGCGGCAGGACAUGAAGCGAUGCGAGGCCGAGCUGCAGGAGCUGAGAGCGCGGCCUCCCCCGUGCCCGGACUGUGAGCAUAGCAAGGAGAGUGCCCAGCUGCGGGAGAAGCUGGCUCAGCUGCAGGUGGAGACGGAGGAGAACAAGGGCCGGCUGGCCGAGCUGGACCUGGAGGUGCAGCAGAAGACCAACCGUCUGGCUGAGGUGGAGCUGCGCCUCAAGGACUCCCUGGCCGAGAAGGCGGAGGAGGAGGAGAGGCUGAGCCGGCGCCUGCGGGACAGCCAGGAGACUAUCGCCACCUUAAAGGCUCAGCCUCAGCCGAUUAAGUACAUCAUCAAGACAGUGGAAGUAGAUUCAUCCAAGACCAAGCAGGCCCUGUGUGAAACCCAAGCCCGGAACCAGUAUUUACAGGAGCAGGUGGGGAUGCAGAGACAAGUGCUGAAGGAAAUGGAACAGCAGCUUCAGAAUGCUCAACAGACAACAGCCCAGCUCAAGGCCCAGAUCAUGAUGUAUGAGUCGGAGUUGGAGCGGGCUCACGGGCAGAUGCUGGAGGAGAUGCAGACCAUGGAAGAGGAUAAGAACCGGGCCAUUGAGGAAGCUUUUGCCAGGGCCCAAGUAGAAAUGAAGGCUGUACAUGAAAACCUGGCAGGUGUCAGGACCAAUCUCCUGACUUUGCAGCCCGCCCUUCGGACCCUCACCAAUGACUACAAUGGCCUGAAGAGGCAGGUUCGAGAUUUCCCUCUCCUGCUGCAGGAAGCCCUGAGGAGUGCCAGAGCAGAGAUUGGCCAAGCCAUAGAAGAGGUGAACAGCACAAACCGAGAACUGCUGAGGAAAUACCGCCGGGAACUCCAGCUCCGCAAAAAGUGUCACAACGAGCUAGUGAGGCUGAAAGGAAACAUCCGUGUGAUUGGUCGGGUCCGGCCCAUCACCAAAGAGGACGGGGACGGGCCUGAGGCUAGCAAUGCAGUGACCUUUGACUCCGACGAUGAUGCUGUCAUCCACCUGCUACAUAAGGGAAAGCCUGUGUCUUUCGAGCUGGAUAAGGUGUUUCCUCCACAUGCAACCCAACAAGAUGUGUUCCAAGAAGUCCAGGCAUUGAUCACGUCAUGCAUUGAUGGCUACAAUGUCUGCAUUUUUGCCUAUGGACAAACAGGUGCUGGCAAGACAUACACAAUGGAGGGAACGAUUGAAAACCCGGGGAUCAAUCAGCGGGCCCUUCAGCUGCUCUUCUCCGAGGUGCAGGAGAAGGCAUCAGAUUGGGAGUACACCAUCACGGUCAGCGUGGCAGAGAUUUACAACGAAGCCCUCAGGGACUUGCUGGGAAAGGAGCCACAGGAGAAGCUGGAGAUUAAGCUGUGUCCCGACGGCAGUGGCCAGCUGUACGUGCCAGGGCUGACGGAGUUCAAAGUGCAGAGCGUGGAAGACAUCAACAGGGUAUUUGAGUUUGGCCAUACCAACCGGACCACUGAAUUCACCAACCUCAACGAGCACAGCUCUCGGUCCCACGCCCUUUUAAUCGUCACCGUCCGGGGCACUGACUAUAGCACGGGGCUUCGGACCACUGGGAAGCUAAACCUAGUGGACCUGGCUGGGUCAGAACGUGUGGGCAAGUCUGGGGCCGAGGGCAGUCGGCUCCGCGAGGCCCAGUACAUCAACAAGUCUCUGUCGGCCCUGGGAGACGUGAUCUCUGCUCUUCGGUCCCGCCAGGGCCACGUGCCAUUCCGUAACUCCAAACUCACCUACCUACUCCAGGACUCCCUCAGUGGGGACAGCAAAACCCUCAUGCUGGUGCAGGUCUCCCCUGUGGAAAAGAACACCAGCGAGACCCUGUGUUCUCUGAAGUUUGCUGAGAGAGUGAGGUCCGUGGAGUUGGGUCCAGGGUCACGGAGGGCUGAGCUGAUGUCAUGGUCUAGUCAGGAGCACUUGGAGUUCGAUGGAGGCUCAGUCCAGACUCCGUCUUCCGCCCGGUCGUAUUCCUCUUCUAGUACUGGGGCUCCCAUUAGCCGGUCCAGCUCAAUCCGGAGGAAGCUGCAGACCUCAGGAAAGACAAAGCCAGUGCCAGUGUGAUAGCCCAGGAGCCAACGUCUGGGCGUCCAGUGCCCGGGAAAUCUGAGGGUGAGAGGUUGGAGGAAGGACACUGCAUACUGCUCACCUCCUCGCUUUCCACCCAGAAUCAAGGACCCUAAAUGGGCACAGACUGUUCUUAGGCCCGGGAAGGAGAGGGCUUCUCCUUUCUGCCCUCGACACUCUGCUUCUCCCCAGCCCUGUCCCCGACAGAUGUGAAAUUAGUUUUGAAGGAAAUGAAUCUUUUCUCCAGCCCACACGUGACAGAGCACAGAUAGUGUAUGUUGGGGCCAAUGGGCCUGGCUGGACCAUAGGCACAUCUCAGCCUGUAGGACCGGCCUCUUCGCCCUGCCUGUGGCCUGCAAACGUUUUAGGUUGCAAGGAGGCAACGUGGUCUUUGGGCUUCAGGUUGGCUCAUCUGGAGGCCUGUGUUAGUCCAGAUGAUGGGAGCAGGUGCCCACCUUUCUGAUAGCUGACCUACAGUACGAUCAGUGCUCUGACCCAGACCGAAUUGUGGACAGAGGCGGACGUUCCCGCGGGACCUCGGAGCAGCACAGCGGAAGAAGGCUUUGCCUCCCUAUUUUCUCUUACAUCCUUGGGCCCUCCCAGGCCUCAUCUCUUAGAUCCCCUUGCCUAUGGGGGCCCCAGGGGUAGAACUCAACUCACUUUGUGGGAUUGGCCUGGAGUUUGCUCUUUGUGGGUUUUUGGUUCACAUGCCCCCUUAAAGCCAAUGGGCAAAGAGGAAGCUUGGAGAAAAAGGGGCUGAGAACACGAUGGCAUCAAGGAAUUAUCUUCAUUCAGUUGUGUGGGCUGCCACGCCAUGGGCUCUUUAUAGCUGUACUUGAAGGCUGCAGGAAGGGGGCAGGAGACAUGGGCUUUCUCCAUGGCUUCUCUACCCCAGCCCCUUUCCACCGUGAAUCUCCUUAUUCUAAGCCCACUGUCCUUUGCUACUCCUCGGGGCUACUCUCCUUCUUCCCCCCCACCCCCAUUUCCAUCCAUCCACAUGGCUUGGUUUUCUGGAAAACUAUUAGCCUGCAGGACCCCAGAGGCUGCUCUAACCUCUUGCCAUGCAGAGGAGGGAGGCUGGAAAUGGCCAGGCUAAGACCUCCAUCAACAAUCUCAGAACUUUAGGUGGUUGGCUCCCUUCUGUCUCCUGGCAUAGCAUCCUCUCAACCCUCGUUCUCUCUGAUUCCCAAGGGAAUGAUGCACUUUAUGGAAAAAGUCAACAGACUACCCCAUGCAAUCAUUUGGGAGGGAAGAGGUGACAACUCCCUGGACAGGCUGGUUCAGAACAACAUGGGAGAUGGGGGAAAAUUGGCUUUCGAAACGCAGGUGGCUGGUGGGCAGGCAGCCAGGGGCAGUAUGCCCACAGCUGCAGGGAGGUCUGUCCCUUAAGCCCUCACCUGUGCAGAGAUCCCAGGGAGGGGAUCAUCUUACCCAGGGAGGGGGUUUCAAUCCUGAAACCCUAGCUUGCUUCUCACUUCCUCCACCCUUCCCAGUUUCUUCAAGUUUAUAUUUGGUAAACCCGAGGGAGGGGAAGGGGCUGGAAACCCAAAAGACAAGGGGAGGGGGGCAAGUAGCUAACUGCCCUCCAGGUGGGAAACACAAGCAUGACAAGUGAAUUUGUACAUACCUGUGUAUAGGUGUACAUAGGCACCGCUGGAGAGUUCACCUACUCGGCAAAGAUAUAUUUUAAGUUUUUCUUUUCUCAAUUCCCACCCCCACCCCCCCCCAGGCUGUUGCUGGAUACAUAUUUAUAUCUCCCAGAGGCUCAGUGCCCUCGGGCUCAUUUUUGUGAAGUUUGACUGUUGUUUGUGACCCGACCCUCUUGGAGGCCGGGAGGUCCUUGAGGGGGAGUGGCCAGGCACUUUACGUCUCAGAUGCACUGGUUUCUCUUUUUCCACUACAGCCCUUUUUAAUGUUUCUCAUAAUUCCUCAUCAAGAUCUUUUGGAAUAUGAGCUGUUUUUACUGAUUUUAAUAAAGAGAGCUCUUUUGCACAAA